AGGCCUAAUACUAAUUAAUUUUGAUACGGGACGUGAUAGCCUGCUUUUCACAUUGACUGCUAUGGCGAUCUUAUUUAUUAGCUGUUAUCUAGACAAUAUUGGUUAGCUGACUACUGCAAAUUAGUUAUUAUUACUGUCAAUAAUCAUAUAUAGUCUGUAUGAGGUGGAGAUCAUCACAGAUUGCCUAGCUAAAUAAGACAGUGGAAUACCUUUCAACCCACGCAUUUAACCCCUUAUUGUGUGUGCGCGUGUGUGUGUAUAUACAGUGAGUGAGCGAGAGCGAGAGAGAGAGAGGGCGCGCGCUUGUACCUGCCUUCGUGUGUAGCCUACCUGCGUGCUUCCUUGCAUCCUUUAUCAACCAUAGACUGUAAAUACAGGCCAUAUCAUCAAGAUUGACUGUGUAUUGCACCGUGUGGCGUGUGUUGCUUUAAAGGGGGCGUUCGGCCGCAUAUUCACAAUCGGUCAGAGUGUAAACUGAAGAGAGGCUCAUUUGAAGCAAAUAGCUGUAUUUGUGUAAUUGAACCAACAGAAACAGUGGGGCGCAAUGGGAGAGGCCGAGACGCGCCAAAAAUUGCUGCGCAAUGUGAAGAAAGAGGUGAAACAGAUCAUGGAAGAGGCAGUGACUCGGAAGUUUGUGCAUGCAGACAGCAGCCAUAUAAUAUCCUUCUGUGCUGUAGUGGAGGCAUGUGUGCUCCAUGGGUUGAAGAGGCGAGCAGCGGGCCUCCUGUGCAGUAAUAAGGUAGCAGCACUCUUCAUGAAGGUGGGGAAGAGCUUCACCCCGGUGGAGGAACUGUGUCAAAAGGUCCAAGAACUAGAGCAGCUCAUCGAGACCAACAGACAGGCUCAACUAAAUAAUGUCAGUGUUCCGAAACAACCCAGGGUGACCAACCUCCCCCCCCAGGGCUUGAGGAACCUGUGGAUCCGCACUGCUCUCAUGGAGAAGCUUCUGGACAAGAUUGUCAUGUACCUAGUGGAGAACAGCAGUACUUUCUAUGACAGGGAGGCCAUUCUAAUGGAUGCUGUGGAUGGACCAAUCCUUGCCUCUCUGUUAGUCGGCCCCUGUGCUCUGGAGUACACUAAGGUGAAGACAGCCGACCACUUCUGGACAGACCCAUCUGCUGAUGAGCUAGUCCAGAGACACCGCAUCCACAGUGGCCACUGUCGCCAGGAUUCCCCCUCUAGGCGACCUGCCCUGAUCCAGAAGAGGCAGUCGAGUGGCAGUAUGGAGGACCGGCCCAUCCUGUGGGCUAGGGACUAUGUUGAGUCCCUCCAUCAGAACAACAGGGCUACACUGCUGUUUGGCAAGAACAACGUCCUGGUGCAGCCGGUGUGUAGGGAUGACAUGGAGGCUAUUCCAGGGUACCUGUCUCUCCACCAGACUGCAGAUCUCAUGACCCUGAAAUGGACCCCCAACCAGCUCAUGAAUGGCACUGUGGCAGAUGAUACUGAAAAAAGUGUUUACUGGGACUUUGCCAUGACUAUUCGCCUGGCGGAGAUUGUUUAUCUGCACUGCCAUCAGCAAGUGGACAGUGGUGGGACAGUGGUUCUGGUGAGUCAGGAUGGGAUCCAGAGGCCUCCACUGCGGUUCCCCCGGGGAGGACACCUGCUCCAGUUCCUGACCUGCCUGGAGACGGGCCUGCUGCCACACGGACAACUGGAUCCCCCGCUCUGGUCCCAGAGGGGAAAGGGAAAGGUUUUCCCUAAAUUGCGGAAGAGGAGUCCGCAGGGCUCUGUGGAGUCUGUGUCGGAUAAAGAAGAGGACGAGGCCACUGACUAUGUCUUUCGGAUCCUGCUUCCUGGUACUCCGUCAGACUUUGUUGCUCCAGAGCUGAUGGACCAGGCGUUGAACAUGUGGCACCCCACCCCCAGGAAGUCCUCCUGUUUCUCCUGCGCUCUCAACGGAUCCCGUGUUGGCUCACUACCCAACGGCUGCAACCAGGAUAGGGCUCCCCUGAAACUCCUCUGUGACACCAUGAAGUACCAGAUCAUUUCCCGUGCUUUCUAUGGCUGGCUUGCCUAUUGCCGUCAUCUGUCCACUGUUCGUAUCCACCUCUCUGCCCUGGUCAACCCCACCAUCGUCGACCCUGACGUGCCUCAUGAUGCCCAGGAAGGACUCACUGUGGAUGUCUGGAGCAGCUUCCUCCAGGACCGCUCUGCAUAUGAUGAGCAUGAGCUUCUGCGUCUGGUGUACUAUGGUGGUGUGGCUCCUACAAUACGCAAGAAGGUCUGGCCAUUCCUGCUGGGACACUACCACUUCGAUAUGACCCAGAAAUGUAGGAUGGAGGUGGAUGAGCAGGUGCGAGCCUGCUAUGAGCAGACUAUGAAAGAGUGGCUGGGCUGUGAGGCCAUCGUAAAGCAGAAUGAGGGGGAGAAGCAUGCUGAAGCCAUAGCCAAGUGCAACUCUGUGGCCAGUGUGGACAGACCAGGACCAGUGCAGAGAGACUCCACCAUCAGCACUGAUUCCUCACAGAGCAUUGGUUCAGACAAACAGAUUGCCCACUCACAGAGUGACUCCAGAAGUAGCACACAGGCAUUUUGGUUUGUCGAGGAAGUGGAACUGAUUGAAUCUGAGACGAAGCGAGAGAAAAGCAAAGAGCAGUCCAAAACCCCACUGAAAGACCUCCGAGAUGUAGCCAUCCCAAAUGGUACCUCAGACACUGGGGACCGAUCCUUCUACAGCUUGUCUAUUGACUCAGGUCUUCCAGAACAGCCUCAAAGCACAAACAACAACAACAGUCCUGUAUCUGACUCACCAGUCAGACCAGCAGCCACUAAGCCAUCACCAGAGCCAUCAGCAGUCCAAGGAGCUGCAUCUAGCCCAGUGGCCAAGGCUGAGCCAGCCCUAAUAGAGAGUCCUUUCACUGUCUUGGGAACUGAAGUUGGAUCUGAAGAACUAAAGCUGCCGAUAACAGUUGACGACAAGGCUGCAUCAGCCGGAGAGUUCAAGGCCCCAGAGCGUGAAGUGGUUGAAAGCUCUAGAUUGGUAGAAAUCAUGAAAACCUCAGAGAAAGUUAAAGAGCGUUCUGACAAAAAAUAUGCAAAGUCCUUAGGAAAUGUUGAAAUGGAAGAAAACAACAUUAUAGGAGAUGGGUUGUCUGAAGUUUCCACCACAGAAGACACAAAGCUCCUUGUGAGAGCAGCGUUUGCAACUGAGAAUACUGAUAUUCUCAAACUAGAAAUUGAGGUUUCUAAUGUAUAUAUUCCAGCUCCGCCACUAGGCGAGGCCACAGUUACUAAAACACAAGAGAGCAAAGCCCCAGCGAUAGGGCCCUUCUGUCCCAGAGAGCCAUCUGUAACAGAAGGAAACAAAGAUUCAACAACGAUAAGGGAGGCUGGUAUUGCUGAAAAAGAGGACACAACCUCCUCUGAAAUGGAAGAAAUCACAGAAUCUGAAUUUCAAAAAAUGCAAACCCCUCAAACCAGCAAGGCUUGUGUUUGUGAGAAAGACAUGGAUAGUACUAAAGAAAAGGUUGCAGAUGUAUUUGUAACCAAACCAUUAGACUCUGUGGAGGCCAAUUUCCCUGAGAAUUACAAUAACAAAGCUGCAGAAAUGACAGUUGCCAUAGAUUCAGAGAAACAUGCACCUGCAUUGCCAGUACUGAAUCCACCCCUGCCUGAGGCCAGGGCCAGUGUUACAGUUUCAUCCCACUCUAGGCGAUCUCCUGAUACACUAGAUUCUGAUGACUCGCCCUCCGCCUUAGAGAUGGAGGAUAUUCCCACGGCCUGGGCUAGACCUUUGUCUGGCCUGAUGGCUCCCCCACCUGCCCCCUUGGCCCUGGGGAGAGUUGGCUCAGGGGGGCCUGUCCUGGAUGCACCCUCCAACACCAGUCCUGAUGGAACAGAGCCAGCCCUGUCUGAGGAGGAGCCUGAGAUGGAGAGUCUCUACACUCAGUCUGACUCUGUGGUUGAGACAGAGGAACUCAAACCUGAGGUCUCACCAGUGGCAGUGUCCCCAGCAGGGACUACCUAUUCUCAAGAGCAGCUGGAUUUGUACUUGAUCAACCUGCAUCGCAUUGAUAAGGACGUGAGACGCUGUGACAGAUCCUACUGGUACUUCACUCCUGCUAACCUGGAGAAAGUACGCAACAUAAUGUGCAGUUAUGUGUGGCAGCAUCUGGAGAUUGGCUAUGUCCAGGGCAUGUGUGAUCUGCUGGCUCCUUUACUGGUCAUUCUGGAUGACGAGGUCAUAGCUUUCAGCUGCUUCUCUGAGUUGAUGAAAAGGAUGAAUCACAACUUCCCCCAUGGAGGGGCCAUGGACUCACACUUUGCCAACAUGCGCUCCCUCAUCCAGAUCCUUGAUGCAGAGCUCUUUGAAGUGAUGCAGAUGAAUGGAGACUACACUCACUUCUACUUCUGCUACCGCUGGUUCCUGCUAGACUUCAAACGAGAGAUGGUGUAUGAUGAUGUGUUCUCCGUGUGGGAGACCAUCUGGGCGGCCACGUAUACCUCCUCCACUCAUUUUGUCCUCUUCAUCGCUCUGGCACUGGUGGAGAUGUACCGAGACAUCAUCCUGGAGAACAACAUGGACUUCACUGACAUCAUCAAGUUCUUCAACGAAAUGGCCGAGCAUCACAACGUCCCGCAGGUCCUAACGAUGGCUCGAGACUUGGUCCUCAAAGUGCAGACUCUCAUAGAAAACAAGUAAUCCACCAUGUGUCUGUUCCUUUCCCUUUCACUCAGUGUGCAACAUUUUGACAAUAUGUUCACUUGUAUUUGUAUGAAAGCUAAACCAACAAUUAGUCAGUAUUUCAAAAUCAUGCUUCUAAAUCAUUAUUUCCAUUCCUGAAAUCACCAGGUGACUCAUACUGAAAAUAUACUCACACUACAAUAAUUGCACAACACAGUAUUUCUGUGUCUCAGUCUCUAAAAGCACUUUCCUAUGUUCAGGUAAUUAACAUUAUAAUCAAUACGUUUGAAUACAUUUAAUUGUUCACUUAGUGAAUGUACCCUUUUAAAAACAAACACUCUUUAGCAUAUUGCUUCAGGAUGUUUUUUUGUAUUUGUUUUGCCUUCAAUUUAGCUAUUUUGUGCAGGGAUAUUCUCAAUAUGAUUACCACAUGAGAUCUUGUUUGUACAUUGCCAUCAUGCACUUCCCAUCAGUUAGAACCAUUCACAGAGUAGAGGUGCAGCCCUCCAACAUGGCAGCCAGUAUUUUUGUAUUAGUGCUUAAAUCGGUCUCUUCAUUAUAUAUUCUCCUGGCUAAAUGUCUGUGUGUAUUGCUGUGGUACUGUAAUGUUAACUGUAAAAGUAUUUGUAACACAAAGGCUAAUGUUCAAAAGUAUCUGUGAGCAUAACAAUGGAGCUAAAUUGUUUCAUAUCAGAUAUGUACACACAUCAGCUAUUGUACAUGUGAUCAGAUAUGUACACACGUCAGCUACUGUACAUGUGAUCAGAUAUGUACACACGUCAGCUACUGUACAUGUGAUCAGAUAUGUACACACAUCAGCUAUUGUACAUGUGAUCAGAUAUGUACACACAUCAGCUAUUGUACAUGUGAUCAGAUAUGUACACACAUCAGCUAAUGUACAUGUGAUCAGAUAUGUACACACGUCAGCUACUGUACAUGUGAUCAGAUAUGUACACACAUCAGCUAUUGUACAUGUGAUCAGAUAUGUACACACGUCAGCUACUGUACAUGUGAUCAGAUAUGUACACACAUCAGCUAUUGUACAUGUGAUCAGAUAUGUACACACGUCAGCUGCUGUACAUGUGAUCAGAUAUGUACACACGUCAGCUACUGUACAUGUGAUCAGAUAUGUACACACGUCAGCUACUGUACAUGUGAUCAGAUAUGUACACACGUCAGCUACUGUACAUGUGAUCAGAUAUGUACACACGUCAGCUACUGUACAUGUGAUCAGAUAUGUACACACGUCAGCUACUGUACAUGUGAUCUGAUAUGUACACACGUCAGCUACUGUACAUGUGAUCAGAUAUGUACACACAUCAGCUACUGUACAUGUGAUUUGUCGCUUGACAAUAAAAAUAAAUAAACCGUCAAACAUAUAUGAGCAAAGGAGAAAAAUAAGAAUAUUUUUUCUAUGUAUUCUUGAACUGUUUAUUGUUGUUAUUACUUUGCUGUGUAUUAAACAAUCCGUAUAUUUUGGAUUCA